CAUGGGCCGGUUUUGGUGGUGUACUUAACUUACCAUCAUGGCACACAUCGUACGUUCGACGUGAAAUCUGGACGCGUACAACGUUCACGUUGUAUUUGAAGACAUAGCCACCUUUUUCUCUCCCAACUUGCCUGCACCUACGGUAGAUCCUAUCAUCUACACAGAUCUCUACACACCUCCUGGACCAUUGACGAAAACGACUCUUCUUCCGUUACUUUAAAGAUGCUACAGGGAAUUUUCCUUUGAACUCCGCUAUCGUUACUUUCACCUCGCAUCUCCUUUGUUUGCUGGGCUAUGGCGAACCUGAUCGUGCUCUACAUCAACGGGUGGAGAUAUGGCGUGCGCGUUGAUGCUAAACCGGACAUCUGGCCUCUGGAUGGUAACAACGAGUAUAUCCUUCUUGUGAUAAGCGUCGCAGGAUUACCGAAGAUCCAGAGUCCCAGCUCAUUACAGGGGGCAAUAGCGGCGUUUUAUGAGAACAAAAGGCGUCGCAGUCUUCUAGGAUUCCUGGCUGUACAAGCCAAAACAUUCGUUGGGAUCACUAUUUUCAGCACUGUUCCGACAUUCUAUAAGAUUCCCAUCACGUCUGAUCUCCUCCGAUCUAUCAUGACCGGCCAGUCCCCCCCCUCAGCAACCCGUUGUUACAAGCUAGUCGCUUCAUUUCCGAAUACCUACCAGUACGGAAAGCGCCCCUUGGAGAAUGGGCGCGUGGCUCUGCAGUGUUUUGAAGCUUUGAAGUUAUUCGUUUAGUAUGUUGUAUUGUGACCACUUGAUGCUGGUGAAUGGGUGAUUGUCCUAGCAAUCUAUAAAGUCGUGCUACUCUCGACCCUCAGUAAUAGAUGCGUCUCUGUGCGUCUACUCUACUAGAGUCUAUCUACCUAGUUUAUAUAUUUGGUAUUAGUACUUACAAGACGGCUGAUCGCCUUAAGUAGAGUCUACCGGCU